AUGUCUUUAAUGAACGAUAUAAUAAAUGAACAAACUAAACAAGGUAACUUGGGUGGUAAAAAUGGAACAUUAGGUAAAAAAUCAUCAUCUUCAGAUAAUAUUGUUAAUUUUUUUAUUAUUACUGGUGAAAUUACAGAUAGUUCAUUUGAUAAUAGUGUAGAUCCAUAUGUUAGAAUUGGUACAAUAGAUAAUAAAGAUAAUAUUAAAUGGUUUUUAAAAACACCUGUUCGAAACAAUACAAAGAAACCAAGUUGGAGUUAUGAAAUUAACCAUGACAUUAAAUUAGAUCAAAUAAAAAAAUUGGCAAUUGAAAUGCAUCACAAAACAUUGUUAUCAUCAAAAUCAAUAGGAGAAGCAACCAUUGAUAUUUCAAAUAUUGAAAACCAAUCAAUGAUUUAUGAAACAAUCCAAAUUUUUGAUCCAAAAGAUAAAUCAAAGUCAGUGGGAUCUGUUUAUUUGUCCAUUGAAAUCAAAUAA